AUGGAAGGAGUCAUUCCAUUUUUUAAAUCCCAAGGUGGUGGAAGUGUAGAUAAGUAUAGACCAGUGGCUGUUCUCUCUAAUCCCGCUAAAGCUUUCGAAUCAGCAAUACAUAGAGCGAUUUUCUAUCAAUUGAGACCACAGCUCUCAGAGGCACAGCAUAGGUUUCUACCAGGCCGUAGUACCAUGAGUAAUCUGGUGAAUUAUAUGGCUCAACUUAUACCAGCUGUUGAUGAGGGCAGGCAGGUAGAUACCAUUUAUUUUGACGUCCGGAAAGCUUUUAAUGUGGUCGAUAAUGACAUAUUGCUGAAGAAACUGGCGAACAUGGGUUGUACGCCGCAUUUAUUACAAUUUUUCUCCAGUUAUAUGAGGGAUCGAUACCAGUACGUCGAUUAUACUGGGUUUACAUCAGAACCCUAUUCGGUCAGAUCAGGAGUAGUCAAGGGAGUACUUUGGGACCUCUCGAAUUCGUCAUUAUGA